UCUACAUGCAUCUUGAAUCAUAACAUCGACAAUAGUCUCUUUCACCAGGAAAAAACAAGAUGGUUACAGCAGGCAAUGAAUUUAUUUUCAUUUUUUCAACAACGUAGUAGGUAAUGGCAGAUGAGAUAAGGGCCAGGGUUUGCACUCGCAUAGACGAGAAGCUGCAAGCCCUUUCUUCAACAUUUGUGGAGCAUACCAUUUUUAGAGUGCCUCGCCAACUAUAUGAGGUGAAUGAAAAAGCCUACGAACCAGAAAUCAUCUCGAUUGGUCCUUACCAUCGUGGCAAAAGUCACUUGAAGAUGAUGGAAGUACACAAGGUUCGGUUCUUAAGAAUGCUUCUUUGCCGAACAAGUGAGCAUACUGCCGACCUCUAUGUAGCAGCAUUGAGAGGUGUGGUCGAAAAAGCCUGUAACUGUUAUUCAGAAUCCUUGAGUAUUAGCACAGAAGACUUCCUAGAAAUGUUAGUGCUUGAUGGAUGCUUUAUUGUUGAGUUAAUUCACCAAAUAUUUGAUGGGAACAUGGAUGAGUAUAUCUUUAGAUUGGAUUUGAUUUUCUCCAGCGUUUUGCAUGAUUUGAUUCUAUUUGAGAAUCAACUUCCUUUCUUUGUGCUUUGGGAGUUGUUUGGUAUGAUGAGGGAAAAUGAGAGAAACUUGUACGUUCAGUGUCUUCUACUACUCUUCCAUGGCAAGAUGCCGGGACUAAGAGUUGAUGUUGCCUAUGACAAUACUUCAAUUAGAAGUGUGAAGCAUUUGCUAGACUUGGUACAUGGGAAUUGGCUUCCUUCAAGAGAAGUAAUGGAGGAUUACUCGCGAGCACCAAAAGAUGGCAAUUGGUCGUUCAUACGGUCUGCUACAGAGCUUAAAGAGGCAGGAAUUCGGUUCAAGAAGGGUGAAGGAAAUAGCUUGUUUGACAUAAGGUUUAGAAAUGGGGUACUCGAGAUUCCAACGAUGAAAAUUCUAGAUACUGUAGAGAGUUUGUAUCGCAAUGUCAUUAUCUGUGAACAAUUUGAGAAUAAAAGUCCAAGAUACUUCACUGACUUUGCCAAAUUUAUAGAUUGCCUGAUUAAUUCAGGGAAGGAUGUGGAGUUACUUUGUCACUGUGGAAUACUUGACAAUUGGUUAGGCGAUGAUGAGGCUGUUGCGACCAUGUUUAAUAGGCUUGGAGAUCAUGUCAACCUCUCCCCCAAAGAAGACUUCUUUUAUGCCCGGAUAUGUAAUGAUGUCAAUGAGCAUUACAAUGCACCUUGGAACAAAAGGAUGGGAAGCUUGAGACACAAUUAUUUCAACACUCCAUGGGCGUUCAUCUCCUUUCUUGCUGCAGCUUUUUUGCUUCUACUUACCCUGCUUCAAACUACAUUUACCAUUUUCCCUAGAAAAUAACCUUUGAUAUGGAGUCAGCGAUGGCAAAAUUUGUUAUUUCUUUAAUAAUUAAAAUUUAUUUCU